UUUCCCUUCCGAAACUUGUCCAACUCUCGAACCUUCUUCUUCGCUUUUGCUUCUCCUCUGUAACUAAGCAACAAAGAGACCUCCCCCUCUCUUCUCUCCCCAUGGCGAUGACCAUAGAAGGUACGAUUCUUUAUACUCUCUGUGUCUUCAUCUUCGAUUUCACCUCGAUCAUUUUUAUUCGUAAUUGACAGCGGCUGGAUGACGGCAGUUUCCCCAGCUCGUUUGAAUUACAGUCACGGGUUGAAUUAAGCUAUCAUGUUUCAUCGAUUUCCGUUGGGGAACUGUAAUAACUGUAUGAAUUGUGCUGAAUUUUCCGAAUUGGGAUCAAUUUGAGCGUCAAAGGAUGGGUCUUGGUUUGGGGUUUCAUCUAAUUUCUUUGUUGUAUUUGGGUAGUCUUGCCUUUUUGGUUCUUGCAAACAUUUAAGCUAAAAAAUGCCUCUUUUUUUCAUUAAAGUUUCGACUUUUAUGUAAACUGUUGUAGAGUUUAUAUGUGUGAUAUUAGAGAAUUAUUAGUAGUUGUGUUGUUAUCCAAUCUUUAGUCGUAUUUUGAUGACAUUGGUUACUAACUAUUUUCUGUUUUGGUGCAAUGUUGCUACGCAAAUUGCUGACGUUUCGUGCUCCUUGCAGUGCUUGCAGGACUCGCAUUUAUGUUCUCGGCUAGCAUCUUGCUGCAGGUCCUGGCUUGUGCACUAUACAACAACUGGUGGCCUAUGUUGUCUGCUCUCAUGUAUGUUCUGGUACCUAUGCCUUGUUUAUUCUUUGGUGGUGGUUCUACUCAUAUUUUAUUUACGAGGGAGAGUGAUGGGUGGAUAAAUGCUGCUAAGUUUUUGACUGGGGCAUCAACUGUGGGGAGCCUAGCCAUUCCCAUAAUUCUUAGGCACGCUCAUAUGAUUGAAACAUCUGCUAUGUGGAUCGAGUUCUUUUCAUUCUUUAUAUUUGUGUGCACCGUCAUGUGUUUCCACCGCGCCAGCCUCGAAGAUGAGUGGUGAUGACAUACAGACGUUAAGUUAAAACACUGGCUCGCAAUAAUUGGGGCCAACAGUGAUGUAGCCUAACAACUGCAAGAAGUAUGAGAUGCAUACAAUCGGACAACGAUAGAAUUACCCUUUUGUAAAUCUGUUGUGUAUAUGUUCAAAAGGCAUUUUGACCAGUUUCUUCUUUAUUUGGUAACAGCAUUAGGUACUUGCUUGCUGUGGGAUUCUUUGUGUAUCAUAGUAUAUAGAUUUGGGCAUAUACAUAAUAUAACUUACUAAGCAUUAUGAUUUUGUUCUUCCUCUUUGAAUAGAACCAGGCAUUAUGUAUAUC